AUGGAAGCAGCAAACAUAGUUUUAUCUCCUCUUUUGCAAGUGAUCUUUGACAGAUUGGCAUCCCCAACCCUACAAAAGCUUUCUGAUAUCUGGAGUGUCAAGGACAACCACGACAGCCUACAACGUGACUUAAUGAGAGUUCAAGCUAUUCUUCAAGAUGCAGGGGAGAAACAAUUAACAAACAAAUCUGUCAGGCUGUGGUUGUCAAAUCUCAAGAAUGCUGCUUCUGAUGCUGAGGACCUUCUGGACUCGUUUAUCACUCAAGAAACUAUAAAAGGCUAUGAUGCUGAGGACCUUCUGUCAGUCGUGAAGAGUGCUUAUAGAGCUUUCACUAAUGAUAUUUGGACUGAAAACCAGGAUGAUUGGGACAAACUACGACCUUUGUUCAGAGGGGAUGUUGAUGGAUGCAAAAUCAUUGUCACCACCCGCAAUACAAAAACCGCAUUCAUGACAGACUCCCCAAAUUCCCCAUUUUAUUUGAAGGGUUUAGCAGAGGAUGAUUGCUGGGCCUUGUUCAAGCAACGGGCUUUUGGGCGAACUGAAGAAGAGAAGUAUCCCUGGCUUUUGUCAAUUGGAAAGCAAAUGGUUAAAAAAUGUGGAGGUGUGCCAUUAGCAGUAAAAAGUUUGGGAAGUUUAAUGCGCUUUAAAAGAGAGGAGCAGCAGUCGUUGUUUAUGCAAAAUAGUGAUCUCUGGAAACUAGAUGCAUGCCAAAAUAAAGUUUUACCCGCUCUGAUGUUGAGUUAUAUUCAUCUCCCAUCACAUCUUAAACAGUGCUUUGCAUUCUGCUCAAUCUUUCCGAGAAAUUAUGAAUUCAAGAAGCAGAAGUUAAUUUAUCUAUGGAUGGCAGAAGGAUUAAUUCUACAAGAAGGAAGCAAGCGACCAGAAGACAUCGGUGAAAACUACUUUGCUGAUUUGUUGUGGAUGUCUUUCUUUCAAGAAGUAGAGUUAUGUGAGGGUGUCAGUAUAACUGGAUACAAAAUGAAUGAUGUCAUUCAUGAUCUUGCACGAUAUGUUGCAGGAAAGGAAUAUGUGAUACUUGAAAAGGGUGCCCCACCAAAUGGACCAGCACAAAUUCGCCAUUCCUCUGUGGUUUAUACGUAUGGAGAAAUUACAAUUCCAGAAGCUCUAUAUGAGGAAAAACAUUUACGAACUCUCCUAUUGAUUGGAGAAUCCGGCUCAUUAAGAUCCAUUGGAAAAAUGUUUUCGACUUUUGUUUACUUGCGUUCGCUGGAUCUGAGCAGCUGCACUGUUUACAAUUUACCAGAAUCGUUGGGUAUUAUGAUAUGCUUGAGGUUUCUUGACGAGCUUGCCUUUCUUAGGAGGCAUGACCGACCUAAGACAUCUCAAUAUAACUGGAUGCCAAAGUUUGGACGGGAUGUGUUCUGGUAUUGUAAGGUUACACCAACUUCAGACAUUGCCAUUAUUUGUUGUUAG